GCAUUCUCAAUAAAGGCCUCAGGUUGUGUGAAGGUCAGUAAUUAAGCCUCUUCAAUGUUUCCUGGCCUGGCCUGGGGAGAGGGCUAGGACUCAAAUCCAAGUUUCAGCCACUUCAGCCUUCCUUGCCUGGUCUGAGGAGUGACAGUUGGAGAAGUGGUCUGAGGAGUGACAGUUGGAGAACUAGGCCUCAAACCUUCCUGGCCUAAAAGAGCAGGUUUUAGCAGGGAAAGCCCCCCCCCCACACACACACUCAGAGAUGGAGAUUUAAAGCACAGACCUGGAAAGAACAGGGCAAAAUUUAAGUGUGGAUAAGCCCUUAGAUUUAAAAAGAAGGAGAUGUUCCUGCCUCUCUCAUGACACUCAACCCUUCCGAGCUGCCCUCCAGUACAUAUUUCUUCACCAGGUUUAUGGACUGCUGGGUGCUGGUCAUUUCCUCUCCCCUUCUUUCUCUUUUCAGUGCCUUGAGACCACGCAUGGACCCCCUGCUUCGGUCUCAGCUGAUACAGAAAACCAUCAGGAAGGUCUUUCAAUUGCCCUCAUUACAGUUUAUAAAGGUCAAAGCCGGGAGUUCCGUGCCAGCAACACAGAGCCAG